CUAGAUGUCGCUGCAGCAUCUGAAGGUCUGUAAAAAAGACAGCGAAGAAGAGCAUCAAAAAACAUCUUCCAACAUGAGAGAAGAAGAGGCCAACCUAACCGGCGUUUAACUGUUCUACCUGCAAGCUGUUGACCUGGAAAUAAAUACAAUGUGGAGAUUAAACAAAGUCCGCCACAAAGCUGGUCGACCAGGAGACAGCGUGGAGGAGCUGAAGUUAAAGAGGCGAGAACACGAGAAAGCGCUGAGACAAGCCCGCAGAGACAGACAGCUUGUGAGUAAGAGACUCCUCCUGAAUGACGAUGAGGACCAGUCAGAGGUCACCAUGGACACCAACUCAGGAGAACAGGAUGUGGUCGCUGUUCUUCAGAAACUUCACCACAGCGGGCCGGAGAGGGACACCCACCUGAAAGCUUUGAGUAAAGCUCUGCGGGACCCGUCAGCACAGCUCACCUUCAUCAAGCAGGAGAAUAGUAUGCAUCUUCUGGUUGGUCUCCUCACCGGCUCUGAUGCUACGUGCCGUCUGCAGGCGGUUCGAUGCCUGCAUGAGCUGUCUCACUCCCCCCACACCAGUGUGGCUUCAGCCUGUCUACCUGCCUCCCCCUACCUACUCACCUACCUCUCCGGACAGAGCACCAAGUUCACUGAACUCUGUCUCUACACGCUUGGUAAUUUAUGCCCGGAUAGUGUUGUGAAAGAGAAGCUCCUGGCACAGGGGAUCGUGCCAGCCCUGGCUAGCUGUUUAGAGAACCAAAGACAUAACCUGGCGGUAGUGGAAGCUGUUGGAUUCACCCUUUCUCAGCUUCUCCAAGCCAACGAUGCAGCAGAGAAAAUAAUCCCGAUGGUCCUUACCUCCAGCUUACCUUCACACUUGUUAUCAGUCCUGACUCCUGACCCGAAGUUUGGCCUGGGUCCUGCCAUUGAGUGUGCUUGGUGCAUACACUACCUAACAUGCAGUAUGAAGGACCACAGAGUGCUGCUGGCUCAGGGUGCCCUGUUGCAGUGCAGUUCCCUGUUAGUGUCACUAGGUGGUGCUGUGGCUGAAGGAAACAAAGAAGAAGGAAUGGAGCUGUUAAUCUGUCCUCUGCUGAGGUGCGUGGGGAACCUGCUCUCCUCCUGUCCACUGACGGACCUCAGUGCUCAAAUGGGCGACAUUCGUAUCGUGGUGGCUCUGUGUGCUCUGCUGCAGGCCUUCCUGCACACCCAGCCAGCGCUGGCUAGAGAGAGUGCCUGGGUCCUCAACAACUUCACCGCUCACUCCAGAGCUCGCUGCUCCGCCCUGCUGACUCUCAACUUGGUCCCUGGGCUGAUCCAGCUGCUCCCAUUCUCUCAGGGCAUCAACACCAUGAUCCUGAGGGUUCUAGCAAAUAUUGCCCACAGCAAAAAGGAUUUCUGUGUCCAGCUGGCCCAUCGUGGAUUGCUGUCUGCACUCUGUGCCACACUUAAAAUGGCCGACCAAGAGAUGGUGACCCUGAGUAUGGAUGUCCUUUUCAUGCUGGUAGUUAGCAGUCCACAGGUGGCAGAGGAGUUUGUGAAGCAAGGCGGGCUCUUACUGUUAGAAGCCAUCCAGUACAACAGUGAAGGAGAGAUCAGACAGAGAGCGACACAUCUACUGGAGCACCACCUGCUGUCAUAAUCAUCCUAUUGCUCGGUAAAGACUGUAACAUUUGUACUCAGUUCUUUUUUUAACUGACUGACAUCAUCUCUCGAUCUGCAGGGAGACAACAUCACAUGUUCACAAUGUUUUAUAUUUGUCAUUUUAAUAAAAUUUGAUCAUGAUAUAUUGGUAUUUCAAUAUUUACUGUCGUGUUGUUAUCAAUGCAACUGUAGUGUAUGUAUAUGAAAUAUACCCUAAACUUUGUACCUCUAGUCUUUUUCUCUGUUUAUUGUGCAACCAUCUCUUGAGAGGCUGAAGAUGACUGAUGUACUUUUGCUCUUCACAGUAUCUGAUCAGAAAUGUGAACACUUACUGUCUGCACACAUGGCUUUAUUUGGUUGACUGUAAAUAUUGAGACCAAGGGUGAUGCAAAAGCACAAUUUGUAUUGGUUUUGUGACAUAAUGGAUGUUAUAAGUAUCAUGUAUUUUUGAGCUAAUGAUGCAUUCUCAUUACAAUGCAUGGCCAUGAAAUAAAUAAAAAAUAUCAACUUUA